AAUUUAAUUAAUAAUUUAAUUAAUAAUCUGACUUUAGCGCCUGGAUUUCUUGCAGAGGACACCAGCAGUAGUUCAUCUGAAACAGAUGGCUACGAAAUGCUGGAGGUUGAGGGUGAGGUAGUGAGUGAGGAGUCAAAUUUGACUUCUGAUGAGGAUAAGGAUGAAGCUAAUGAUAGCGAUGAUAUGGAAGAACUGAGUGCUGAAAUAGAGCAUUCUUAGUCAUCUACAACUGAUGAUGAAGAGUAUGAAAUUUUGGAUAGGGAUGACAUGGUAGAGUUGAGUGCUGAAAUAGAGCCAAAUGAAUCAUCCUCAUCCAAUGAAAAUGUUGCUAUAGUGAAUAGCGAAAAAAUGGAUGUAUUGCGGGGUGAUAUUGAGCCUAAGGAGUCACAAAUGAUUCUUGAUAAAGAGAUGGUUGAUAUGAAUGGUGACAGAAGUGACCAUUGGUACUUCGAGAUUGAUUCGAGGGAAAAGAAAAUACUGUCCAAGUCCUUUAAAGUGAAAGAAUCAUUGGACAUAGUUGUUGGAUUAAAGAGUUGCGGAGAUGUUUCUCAAUUGACAAAAAUUCUGGAAGAGAAAUUGGCUCAAAACCCAGAGUUUGCUGAGAAAAGAGAAAAGGCGAGAAAGAAAGAGAGGAGAAGUCUCCGCUACUUUGUGAGACGUCUAUUUACUGGGUGUUUCAUGCGGAAAUAUUAGAAAACAGAGUGAACCCGAAACUAGACAUUCCCCGACUUAGAACUACCGAUCUUGACAAAAUUUCUCAUAUUUGUGACUCCAAAAGUACACAUUUCCUGACUUUGAGACUCUGAAUGUAUGCAAUUCCUGACUAUUAGACUUUUCCUGACUGUGACUUUUCCGACUGUGACUUUUCCCGAUUGUGACUUUUCCCGACUGUGACUUUUCCCGAUUGUGACGUUUCCCGACUAUGACUUUUCCCGAUUGUGACUUUUCCCGACUACGACUUUUCCCGACUGUGACAAUUCCUGAAUGUGACAUUUCCUGAGUGUGUGAUAUUUCCUAAAUGUUACUUGACUCAAGACACACAAACUGGAGAAUAUAUAACUACAAAAGAAUGUAUUUGACUCCCAGAUUUUUAGACAUUUCCACGCAGCUGUGUGCUAAAAACAGACGAAUUUUCGAAUACGUGUGACUCUCAAAAUAAACUAAAAUGCCUAAAUAUGUGACUAUUAAAAUAGACGUUGCCCUGUUGUGUAACUCUCCCCGAUUGUGACGACAUUCUCGGGCUCGGACUUAAAAGCUAGACGCACCCGACGCAAGACUUCCAAACUUAUUUGAAUGAGUGACUAUAAAAGUGUGCAUUUCCCAACCUCGAGAUUCAGGAAUUAUUAGACCUUACCAACUUCUUGACUUUAAAAGUGAAAGACUUUACCUGCAUCUGUGGCACACAAAACAAACAUUACGAACAAAACAAAGUAUGAGUCUAAAACUAGGUAUUAACCUGCUAAAGACUCCCCAAUUAAUCGAAACUCCCGAUUUUGUGAUUCCAAAAGCAUGAAUUUCUAAAUUGAAAGACUCCCAAAUGUUGAUUGCAAGUUCUUUCUCUAUUUAUUGUAACUUAUUAUGUGCAUGUAAAAUUUACA